GAAAAUGCAAUGGGCAACUCUGCCCUCCCCCCUUCUAGGUUAAUCUAUCAACAAACCCAAACCCGCCGUCAAUUCCACACCUGAACCUGAAGCCUCUCCACUCCGCCGAUCGUCUCUGAGUUGACGCCAUUGACAAACAGAGAAAGACGCUUCGAUUUACAUCGCCGAUUGCACUGCUGCACAUGCUCUUACCACUGCUUUUGGUUUAAGAAACCCAACAGGUUAUAAUGCUAUAAAUAAUAUCCAACAUCAAACUUGGGUGGGAAAUUGGCAAUGAGUUUGAUUGCACGAGUGAGGCAGCAUUUGCCAUACGGAUCCUUGAGAAGACAUGCUGCUGCUGCGGCGGCAUGCCCUUCUAUUAAGUCGAUGUGGGCGAUCAGAAACUUUGCUCAGCCAGCAAGGGUCAAAGACGAAGAGGAAGAGGAAGUUGAAGUAGAUCAAAGAAGGCUUCCUGCUGAUUAUGACCCAACAAACUUCGACCCCACAGAGCAUCGUAGCCCCCCAUCUGAGAGGGUAUGGAGGCUUGUUGAUGAAAUAGCUGGACUGACUCUUGCUGAAUCUGCGGAGCUGUCAUCCAUUAUGAUGAGGAAAUUGGGCAUGAAGGAAAUGCCGGUCAUUGGGGUCAUGAAGCCUGGUGCGGUUGGACUGGCAGGGAACACUGCAGCAGCAGCAGCAACAGCAGCCAAGGAGGAAGACAAGCCUGAGAAGACUGCGUUUGAGCUAAAGCUAGAAUCUUUUGAUGCUGCAUCGAAGCUCAAGAUUAUUAAGGAGAUCCGCAGUUUUACUGAGCUGGGGCUGAAGGAGGCCAAGGACUUGGUGGAGAAAUUGCCUGCCAUCAUCAAGAAGGGGGUCCCCAAGGAAGAAGCAGAAAAAAUUGUUGAGAGGAUGAAAGCAAUUGGGGCAGUAGUCAUAAUGGAUUGAUUGAUAGAUAAUGUGUAUUGUAUGCAUGGUCUGUCUGAUGAUAUGAUGAUGAUGCUUCUUCUCUCGAUAUAAGGAUGCAUGCAUGAUAUUAUAAUUCUUGGAGAUAAUCCAAUCCAA